GGGAUGGGAGUCGAGGAGACGCGUUUUGCAGUUUACCUGAACUCGCGCCAAGAAGUGGGCGUUUGCCUAUUCUGGCGUUACGUGUCACCGCUUCUCCAAGAAUCGACUCACAAACCGAUGUUGCUCACCCAGUAAGAUGCACAAACCCUCGCCCAGUCAUCCGGUUCCUCCCCAUCGACGUGAUGGCACUCCCUCGAUCGUGCCGUACCGAUAAUCGAUAUUGUAGGGACGAAUUUCUUAGAUCUAAAUAAUAAACUAUAACCACCCCCCACCCCCCGAAAAUACGCCCAUCAUAGCUUCCGGCCGCCUUGAUAUCCCGAUGCUAGUGCCUCAUGGUAAGCCGACAUCUGGAAGUUACUCGAGUACGAUACUCCUCGUAUAUCUCGCUUACAAUGUCUGCCAGCUAUACUCGAUCCUACAGUACCGGAACAUGAGAAUUUCCCGGGAACACCGACCACCGACAUUUGCAUUCAACCAAUCAUGCGGCACCUGUUCUUUCUUUUGGCCCGCAGUCAUGAAAUCCCAGUGCGAGACGUCCUGCCUCUUCAUGCAUGCCCUAAUGCGGGCUAUUUGACCCACGGCCACCCUGGGGUGUGACUCAGGUUUGGAGUGCAAUUCUACACACAUGGUAGUGACCCAGACCUCUCCCCACCUCCAAUCUUAUAUAAUUAGGGGGUUUAUGGCCCGCCGGUAUUCUACCGGUACCGUAUCCUAAUCCAUCCCGGAGGCCAGCUUGGCCCGUCUCUACUAGUACGAUCGCAGGGGGUCAUUCGGGUCAGAACCGUCAGUUCGGUGCAAUGCCAACUUGAAGCCUGUCCGAAGUGUCACACAAUCGCUGUGGCUGUUAGAUGGAGGCUCAGUGAUAUCCUUUUUUUCUGUUAUUAUAGAACAUGAUCUGCUCCAUCAUUCGGUGCAGCCCGAGAGGCGAAUCAGAGGCCUCAAGAGCUCUGGGGGAACUUGGUCGACUCGAGGCCGGCAGAUGGCAAUAAUGAUUUGCCCUUGUGUUCCUCCGGACGCGGGAAGAUAAAAGUGAACCCCAGCUCUAACCUAGCCAUAAAUUGGCUGCGAUGUGGCUACCAUGAUUCUGUACCGGUAUCGAGCUCAUGCGGGGAUUGGUCUAACUCCGAGUUUGCAAACUCUCCGCGACCAUAGUCUGAUCGUGGCCGGGAAGAAUUGAUUACCGGUACCGAUUCUGGAGAUAGCAUUGUACGAGUACGGUGGGGGAGGGUAGUCGUGUUAGGCAACCCAACUGUUACUGUAGGCCUCACUAAGUAGACCACUGGUACUCGAGUACGGUAGCAGCUUGAGUUGCGUGAAGCAUAACUGCGCUGGCCUACCAUAGUGGAGGCGGGGACGAGACAAGAGACCUGGAAAAACCAAACGCCUUCUGGGGCUAAAGCGCCUUGCGUUUGGCCGACGCAGUGUCCGCUGCCGGCAUGAUAACUACGAGGCCCCUCUGAUUGCAAGGGUCUGAACCGAGGACAAGAAACACGCAAGUAUGCAGUGUCCAGUCGAAUUUGAAAGAGAAUAUUCCACUCCGCUCACAAGACUCAGAGUUUUCUUCUUUCCCAUCUGCUUUCGGCAGGCUUCACAUCGCUGAGGAACAUAAUUCGGUGAGCAAGCCGGCAAGCUGCCGUAAUAAAAAAAAUAAUGUUUUUGCUUUGACAUGGCUUUUCUGCGGACUGUGGGAAAAUACCGGUGUAUUCACUCUUUUUUUCUUCAUACCCUGUAAAUUGUGAAAUUUGCGCGCGACUGCUGCUAGAAUAUCGCUCAUGUGGUCGUGAUUUCCAUUCCCUAUUUUCUUUUUCCCCUCUCAUUUAUCCCCAUUUAACUGCAGCCCGCAUCACUAAUUUCGUCAUGCUAGUUCCGAAUUGCAGGCUAGAUUGGGGAGAGAUGCGGAGUCCGGGCGAGGUCGAAAUUUCUCGGUACUCGAGUAGUUGGACGCGCAACGGAUGGAGGCUCCCAUACCAAUAUGUAGAAAGCAGGCAUCCACGUUCUGCAGUGGCGGUCGUACCUCCCGGCUGGGGUAUUUCCUUUGUUCGUCGUUACUUUUCUGCCUUCCUCGAAGCAGCCUCCAUGAAAUGGCUGCAUCCAGUGAAAGGAUAACCGAGCAUGGUUUUAUGGAUUCAGUGUUUCCCUUCCAGCUGUGUGUUCUUGACGUGGUUCCGACCAGGGCCUGAAUGCAGAAAGCCCCAGAACUUCCUAGUUUCUUUAACCGGGCCGAUAAUCGAGGCCCUGAGCUUUCUUUCGUGCGAUUGCGAAGGAAGGGGUGGUCAGUUAACACACACUCCGGUAACAAGCCUACUGUGGAUGAUUGGCACCGUUUGCCUCUUUCCGGAAGGGUCUUGGCCGGAAUACUGGCGGGGAUAGGAGGCACGGGUAAUGAUAGCCAAUAGGUCCAGACACGCAUAGACUUUUCUUAGGUGGUUAACAUUGGAGAGAGGGCCGAAGGGUUGUCCGAAUGAUAGGUUACCGUAGCGCGGCAAUCCGCUGGGAAAACGCUCACCAGAAGGAGGAGCAAUAGCAAAGAUGGAGGGUAGUAAAGUGUGCAUGGGAAGGGGGGAAGGAAUAGCGCCAGGCAGCUCCACCACCACCAACCCUAGGCAUACUAUUUGCAGCUUAGGACAGGCCCGGAACCACCCUACCUUCCCUCAAUAGCAUUCAUUCCUCUAGCGCCACCGCAUGAUACACAGCGCUGUUUCGUGCUUUCUAGGACAUCCCGUACUGACCACACACACCCAGUACUGACGGCUGACUCUCCCUGUAGCUCGGGCGCUAUAUAUAUCCACCACUUUUCCUCCCAUCCUCCCUACUUCGUCCACUUCAUCCACUUCAUCGUUCAUCCACUCCUCCGAUCAUCUCCAACCUCACCUAUCAGCAAAGCUACCACUGCUGCACUCAACAUAUCCCGUAUCAUCAAAAAUCAUCUACAAAGAUCAACCUUUGAGCUCUUUGAACACCGGCGAAAUGCAGAUCUUUGUCAAGACACUUACUGGAAAGAGUGAGUUUGAUAUGUACUUUUCCACAGGUUGGAUUGUGCGGCUAACAAUUUUCACAGCCAUUACUCUCGAGGUCGAGUCAUCAGAUACCAUCGAUAACGUGAAGAGCAAGAUUCGUGAGUGCUCAAGUUUUCCCAACUGUCUAGUGUUUGCAUGUUUGAUCCUAACUCAUUUCUACAGAAGAUAAAGAGGGAAUUCCCCCGGAUCAACAGCGCCUCAUCUUCGCUGGAAAGCAACUUGAAGAUGGUCGAACCGUGAGUCACCCCCUACACUCUCUAGGGUGGUGGUGGGGCUUUACUAACUUCUUAAUAGCUGUCUGAUUAUAAUAUCCAGAAGGAAUCCACUCUUCACUUGGUUUUGCGGCUGCGCGGAGGAAUGCAGAUUUUCGUGAAGACCUUGACCGGGAAGACCAUCACCUUGGAGGUGGAGAGCUCGGAUACAAUUGACAAUGUCAAGAGCAAAAUUCAAGAUAAGGAGGGGAUCCCACCAGAUCAGCAGAGAUUGAUCUUUGCUGGGAAGCAACUCGAGGAUGGAAGAACAGUGAGUCGUUAAAUUGCUAAAUGUCUAUUUAUGGAGCUAACAUUUAUUGCCUCGUUCAGUUGUCGGAUUAUAACAUUCAAAAGGAGUCGACUCUACAUCUUGUUCUCCGAUUAAGGGGUGGCGCGCCGAAGAGGAAGGUCUGCGAUUUCAAGGAGUGUACUAGUGCCCCGCAGCGCAUCGUUGGCGACUGCAGAAAUUGCGAUGGACAUUAUUGCGCCAAGCACCGUCUGUUGGAGGAUCACAAGUGUAGCGGCUUGGAAAACUGUAGGAAGGAAUUGCACCGCCAGAAUGCGGACAAACUAAACUCGGAGAGGACUAGGGCUACGGUUGGCAGAGCUUAGGCAGGUCGUGGCCAUAGGCCCAGUUUGAUUUUCGUUUCGGGAAUUUAUUCUCUUGUGUUCUAGCUAGUGCAGAAGUGUCGGUCUUGCAUUUCAGGGAGGAAUGGUCCAGAUACCCAACAUCUCUGAAGCGUUCUGUUUUCUCCUCAUAACUUGUAUAUUUAUGUUUUUUUUUUUCAUUUCUUUUUUCUCCUGUAUUCCGUUACAGUUCGGACAUGUUUGCGACGACCGGGAGGGUUUUGGUUUUUUCUUCGAAUUUAGCGGUAUUCUUAACCUUUUUCCUCCCUCAUACCUCUCUUCUCUUGCUAUGGUUUGGGAAUGUUUCCAGAUUGAUCGAGGGGCAUAGAUUUCUUGAUUGCGAUCAGCGUUUUUCUUUGCCAUACGAGUAGUUCAUCUCCAAUCCAACAAGAAAAUAGUAGACGUUUUAGGC